AUGCCGAUCUCCAAGAUCCACGCCCGCUACGUCUACGACUCUCGCGGCAACCCCACCGUCGAGGUCGAUGUCGUGACUGAGCUCGGUCUUCACCGCGCCAUCGUCCCCUCGGGUGCCUCUACCGGCCAGCACGAGGCUUGCGAGCUCCGCGAUGGCGACAAGUCCAAGUGGGGCGGCAAGGGCGUCCUCCAGGCCGUCAAGAACGUGAACGAGAUCAUCGGCCCCGCGCUGAUUGAGAAGAACGUCGACGUCAAGGACCAGAAGGCCGUCGACGACAUCCUGCUCGAGCUCGACGGCACUCCCAACAAGACCAAGCUCGGCGCCAACGCCAUCCUCGGCGUCAGCUUGGCCGUUGCUAAGGCUGGUGCUGCCGAGAAGGGCGUUCCUCUCUAUGCUCAUAUCUCGGACCUCGCCGGCACCAAGAAGCCCUAUGUCCUGCCUGUUCCCUUCAUGAACGUUCUGAACGGCGGCUCUCACGCCGGCGGCCGCCUGGCCUUCCAGGAAUUCAUGAUUGUCCCCUCGGCCGCCCCCACCUUUUCGGAGGCCAUGCGCCAGGGUGCUGAGGUCUACCAGAAGCUCAAGUCGCUCGCCAAGAAGCGCUACGGUCUGUCGGCCGGCAACGUCGGCGACGAGGGCGGUGUUGCCCCCGAUAUCCAGACCCCUCAGGAGGCUCUCGACCUGAUCACUGAGGCCAUUGAGGAGGCUGGCUACACCGGCCAGGUCAAGAUCGCCCUGGACGUUGCCUCGAGCGAGUUCUACAAGGAGGACGUCAAGAAGUACGACCUGGACUUUAAGAACCCCGAGAGCGACCCCAGCAAGUGGCUCACCUACGAGGAGCUCGCCGCCCUCUACGCUGAGCUCUGCCAGAAGUAUCCCAUCGUUUCGAUCGAGGACCCGUUCGCCGAGGACGACUGGGAGGCCUGGAGCUACUUCUACAAGACCCAGGAUGUCCAGAUUGUCGGUGACGACCUGACUGUCACCAACCCCCUGCGCAUCAAGAAGGCCAUUGAGCAGAAGGCCUGCAAUGCCCUGCUGCUCAAGGUCAACCAGAUCGGCACCCUGACCGAGGCCAUUCAGGCCGCCAAGGACUCGUACGCCGACGGCUGGGGCGUCAUGGUUUCGCACCGCUCUGGUGAGACUGAGGACGUGACCAUCGCGGAUAUCGUCGUCGGCAUCCGCUCGGGCCAAAUCAAGACUGGUGCCCCUUGCCGCUCGGAGCGUCUCGCCAAGCUCAACCAGAUUCUCCGCAUUGAGGAGGAGCUCGGCGACAAUGCCGUGUAUGCCGGCGAGAACUUCCGCAAGGCCGUUGAGCUGUAA